UAAUAUUUAAUAUUAAUAAAAUAAAUCUAAUGACUCAUUUCAAAUAGCUUAAGUUGCCAGAGUGCAACGCCGUACCAAGCCGGCGAUUGCGCUUUGUCUUUCAGCUUCAUUCAGCACUUUAUUCAGCUAAAAUCUGAACUGCUGAAAACUAGGUAUUAAGUUCUACGAGAUUUUUGAGUUAUAAAUCAUGUCUACCAAUCACCAGCGAAAAACUAACAGCAAGAGUUGGCAACAGCUAAGUGUUUUGCACCGACAAAUUGAUGGUACUAAAAAUGAAGUUUGUCUUUUAUCGGUGCAUACCCCAUCAUCCAACGAGCUACUUAGAUAUGUAAAACAUACAAUACACUGCACAGAUGCAUUUCUUAUAGCAAAAAAUGUAUACUCUUUUCUUUAUCUUGAUUUUAAUCAAUCAGUUUGUAUGGCAGCUAUAUGCUAUAGUCAUCCGAUCUAAACAAUUUCUUCGGAGAUAGUACCACUAUUUUGAACAAUAAUCCGUGCGAAAUUUCGUGAAGAUAUUUUGUCAAAUAAAAAAGUUUUGCAUACAAGCACUGUACUCCGAACGCUCAGUUUGCAUGGCAGCUAUAUGCUAUAGUGCUGCGAUAACGGCGUUUACGAAAAAUAAGCAGCUUUUUGGGAGUGAAAAGGAUGUGUGCAAAAUUUCAGAUCGAUAUUUCAAAAACUGAGCAUCUGGUUCGCUAUAGAAAGAACAGACAGGCAGCAGCUACCUUAAAGCAACUCCGACGUUUCCUUCUGCGUGUUACAGACUUUGUGUCAAACUUAAUAUACCCCAUUCAAGGUACAAAAAUUAAAUAUUCUUUCGAAAACAAGCGUAAGUUCGCGUUGGCUAGCAAAUAGCCUAAUCCAAAUACUGCGAAGAAUUGUUAAAUUUCAAAGCGAGUUUGAUAGCAGCUAUACUAUCGACUAACCGGACGCGAUAAUAAUAGUUUGAUCGAUUACUACUACUUUCAUAAGCAUAUGCGAUCGUCAACACGCAUCCGGCAUAGUUUUCUGUCGUUGUGCGUAUCUCACUCAGCACUCAUACAUAUUGUCGAUUUUUUCCUGACCUACACUACAGCGUCUCAAGUUACUGUUUACCGUCUUUUGUUGUGUUCCCCUCAGUAAAAAGGUAAGCGCUAGUGCGAAGUUUGAAGGCAGACGAAGCGCAGCUAGCGUUUUGUUUUACUUGCAACAUUUGCCACGCCACAGCGUCUCAAGUAUGUAUACAACUCGAUGAAUGUGGGAAACACUACAAGAAACUAUAAACUCGUGAAUUUUCGUAGCCAUGCACGUAUACACGCAUAAAGUGCGACCAAAUACAUGAGCUUAUUGUUUUUAAAGAAAGAAAGUGCUAGCCGCUUUUAAUAGCUGGAGAUCGCAACUAUUCUCAAUUUGGCGUUUUUGCCCGACACUGUAGUCUGGUUGGUAGACUUUGACGUAUUUUAGUGUUGCUUGAAAAGCCAAAGUCGCUGUAGUGGCAAGCUAACUUAUACAGUUACAUUCCAACUGUCGCGAUCGCAGGCUGCCAAUUUAUAAUACGAACAAGAUUCCAGCCAAGCUAGCUGCUCUAACUGUAGCACGAACGGGAACUUCCAACGGUAGUUGCCUUAUAAUAAGUUCCCGAUUAGUUAGUGUUAGCACGCAUUCUUGGGGUGGUCUGAAGCAGCCCCUAUACUAUAUUACACCCUCAAUCGUUUCAUGUGACACAAAUUGGCUGAGCACUUGUUUUACCAACAACACUGUCUGAAUUGGAUUGUUGUAUUAAUGUUAUUGUUGUUGUAGGUGCGAGACGUCGCCUUUCUGUCUACAGAAAUCAUAAAACUCAGCGUAAUAUGAGCAUAUACAUACACACAUACAUAUGUAUGUUAUAUGUAGCAGCUGCAUUAGUGCGGAAGCGGAUGCGUUCAGUAUGCCACACAUACACACACAUGCAUAUUUUUUACUUGCAUUUUGUGUUUGCUUGCGAGAUUGGCGCGUGGUGGUUGCUACUUUGAUUCCCGCUGUACGUGUUUUCGUAUAUAAUACGUCCAUAAAUCAUGCCCGGUAAUCGCAUCGAAGCGAAUCAAUUGAACUGAUCGCAGUGCGACGCCUCGAGUGGCAACGCGUCGCUCCGUCACCGCGUUUGGGUAAUUUGUCGCAGCUGUUUCACUAUACACUACCAUUGUCGUUAGCGACAUUGCCACUCGCUUUUGAUCGUGUUAAUUGCAUUGCAUUAAUUGCGCAAUGUUUUGCCUUUAUGCAACUAAGCGCGCAUGCGCGUACAUUUAAUUCAGGUCCUUUGUCACUUUGCACACAAUUUUCUUUGCAAAAUGUAACAAAUUUUUCUUAUUUCUAUUAUGACUUUCCACCAUUUUGCUCGCUGUGUAUGUAUGUAUGUGCAUAUGUAUGUUGAUUGUAGCUCAACCACCCUUUGCGACGUGAUUGCGUUGCGUAAAACUGAAACGCACACGUAUAAACAAUAUAUGUAUGUAUAUAUGUACACUUACUCGAUGUUAGGCAAAGGAUUUGCUGCCAUUGUGCCACCGCCGCCGCCUCCGACACAUGCGCCGGAUGUAAACCAAACGUAUACAAUAAAAAAGGCUUUCCAACCCUUAAGGGGGUGUCUACCCACUAGUUUCAACUAUGCAUUGAUAUAGUAAUGCAAAUAUAUAUUUAAUAAACAUAUAUUUACUUCUUGCCACCACACUGCUGCUACUUCCGCUAGCUAUAUGCAAACAUGCGACCACCGUCGAUCCGUGAUGUGUGCGGCCAAAAGUUAUGUCUCGCUGUAAACAUGUAAGUACUACCGAAAGUGUAUGCUAGCAGCACAUAGUAUCUGUUUGUGCUCACUAUAAUGCGGUUGACGACCUCUCUUUUGACCAUUCUUUCGCUUUACUUUAUCGUGCGUGAAGUAGGGCGGAAGCUUUUGCGCUGCACAAAACUCCCUUUUUCUAUAUGCAUACCUGCCGCAACGUCGGAUAGCUCUCUUAACGCCGACGCAUACGUCGACGUCAUUGCCGAAAUAGCGUACGCAGCAAACGAGUAAUCUGCUGCUUCUCACACAAAUGGACAACACUUAAAUCGAAAACCAUUUGACACCAAAUCUAUCCUAUUGCGUAUAAAAUUCUACAUAUGUACAUAAAUACAUACAUUUACAUAGCAGGCGCAUACAUAUUCGGAAGAGCCUGCCUUCGUGUAAAACGGAAGUCGAAAGCUUCAACAGCAAGCAGCAGCACUAUCAAACACAUAUACUUGCAUACAUCAUUACAUGUGGAGAGCGUUGAAAAUAAAUACAACAACUAUCAGUCUACCGACCUUUUUCUGAAGUGCACUGCAAAUUUUCGGAAACAACGCAAGUCUUCACUUUAGAAAAUAUUUUUAAAUUUAAAAGUGUUUGAGCGAUUAAAAGUGUGAACUCAUAAUUUUUAAAGUAACAGGAGUCACUGCUACAGUGUUGUGCUGAAAAUUGUAUGAUUAUUUAAGCGUAUAAACUCCUAAACAAAAAUGUAAGUAUGUAUGCACAAAUAGAUAUGACUGUAUCUAUUGAUGUACACUUCUAAAUACAUAUGUAUGUAUGUAUGUACUGUUUUGAGUGUAGCUGGCCGCAUUUGACCCGUAUUUAUAGUUUCUACAGAAUUACCGGCGUGAACUAUUUCCAGACACAGUUGCUGCGCUCAUCACAGCGUCCGCCAUUUUAAACUCGAAAAAGGUAAAACACCAACAGCAAUAAGAUCAGCGAGUAUAGGCAGAGAGCGUUGACUAGACGCUGGCUGCAGAGUUAAAUUCAUAUAAACAUACACACAUAACCAGAAAAAGUGUUGUUUUCGCUAUGCAGAAUACUAAACAAUAACGAAGUCAUAGAAAAAUCCGGCAACACACAAAAGCGCAAAGCGGCAUUUUUGGCGUCACUGUCGACUUCACUGCUUGUUGUGCUCGUUGGCUGCCGCUGCGCUGCCGACGCUUUGCGGCUUUGCGUUCGUUUGUGCAUUUGUAGCUUCGAUUCUCACAUCUAUGAAGUUCGUUCUUCACUUGAAUUCGUGCGCUCGCCGUAAACACAUCAAUUCUCGGGUGAAAUUGUCGUCUUUAUUGUGCAAAAAGAAUUAGAGAAAAAAAAUCCUAAAGCAUUAACAUAGUAUACAUAAAAGAACCAACAAAAACGAGCAGAAUUCUUUAAUCAUCGUGCAAAAUCAAACGAAAAAUACAUCCAGGAAAAGUGUAUAUAUCGAGCAGCAAACAGUAGUAGCGGAAAAUUUAUAUAAAAAAGUACAGAAAAAGUUAGCGGCAAGCAAAAACUAACACACAUUCAUAUAAAUAAAAUCGAUAAAUCGAUUAGCUUAGCAGCUCUCUCACGAAUUUCAUACACGCUUCAAUUAAAACGCCAUCUUCAGCGUUGCCAACGACUUUUUACCAGACAACGUUGACAUAAGAGACGCAGCCGACAGCGCAGCAUAAAAGUAAAAGAACAAAUUUACGCAAAAGCGAAGUUGUGAAAAAGCAUCAAAAUUAUUGCCGCAACGAGGAAAACACACGCCAACGCAAUGGAUUUUAUGAUGGCGAAUGCCGGUGCUGCAGGCACAGUAGACGCUCAGGCCCAGCUAAUGGCUCAAACCGCUGCCAAUCCGGCCGCUGCCGCAGCCGCUCUAGCCGCAUCGAAUGCAUCACCUGCGCAGACUGCUGCCGCUGCUGCAGCAGCACAACUGCAACAGCAGCAGCAGGUGCAGCAGGCCAUUUUACAGGUGCAGCAACAGCAAACACAACAAGCCGUCGCCGCCGCCGCUGCAGCCGUCACCCAGCAGUUGCAACAGCAAACUACCAACGGAAAUACGAAUACACAACAGAAUGGCAACAACGGCACAUCCGAGACACGUACUAAUCUCAUUGUAAACUAUUUGCCACAAACAAUGACCGAAGAUGAGAUACGUUCACUAUUCUCCAGUGUGGGCGAAAUUGAGUCUGUAAAAUUGAUACGCGACAAAUCGCAAGCUUUUAUGGAUCCACUGAACCCGCAAGGACCAAAUAAGGGUCAAAGUUUGGGUUAUGGCUUUGUCAACUAUGUGCGCGCACAAGAUGCCGAGCAGGCCGUUAACGUAUUGAAUGGGUUGCGUUUACAGAAUAAAACUAUCAAGGUAUCAUUUGCACGCCCCUCAUCGGACGCCAUUAAGGGUGCGAAUUUAUAUGUGUCGGGACUGCCAAAGAAUAUGACUCAGCAAGAGUUGGAGGCAAUUUUCGCACCAUUCGGAGCUAUAAUCACAUCACGUAUACUGCAAAAUGCCGGUAACGAUUCACAGACCAAAGGUGUCGGUUUCAUACGUUUCGAUAAGCGUGAGGAAGCAACACGCGCCAUUAUUGCACUGAACGGCACCACGCCGCCGGAUUGUACCGAUCCGAUUGUGGUGAAAUUCUCAAAUACACCGGGUAGUACUAGCAAGAUAAUGCAACCACAAUUGCCAGCAUUCCUCAAUCCACAAUUGGUGCGGCGCAUCGGCGGCGCUAUGCAUACGCCGGUCAACAAGGGCUUGGCACGUUUCUCACCCAUGGCCGGCGACAUGCUCGAUGUUAUGCUGCCAAAUGGUUUGGGUGCGACAGCGGCCGCCGCUAGUGCAUUAGCUAGUGGUCCGGGCGGUGCUUAUCCAAUUUUUAUUUACAAUUUGGCACCCGAAACUGAGGAGGCAUCACUGUGGCAGCUAUUCGGGCCAUUCGGCGCAGUGCAAUCGGUUAAAAUUGUUAAGGAUCAAACCACAAAUCAAUGCAAAGGCUACGGCUUCGUGUCGAUGACCAAUUAUGAUGAAGCGGCAAUGGCAAUUCGUGCACUAAACGGUUAUACACUGGGCAAUCGGGUGCUGCAAGUUAGCUUCAAGACCAACAAAUCAAAGUAAAUUAUCUUUCCAGCGAAUAAUCUACAGUAGUAACAGCUAACUGCAACAAUAAUAGUAGUAGAUAACAACAAAAACAACAACUGUAACAAUAAUACACGCAUACACAAUGAAAACAACAAUAACAGCGUUAACAACAAAGUAGCGGAAAUACAGUAGUAACAGCAGCAACAUAAAGCGAACGGACAAAAACUAUAAAACGGUAAACGCGGAGCCGAGCUGCAAACCGGCCGCAGGCAAGUUGGUGGAAAUGCGCGGGUUGGCUUUGUUUAAAAUUGGUAAAAGUGUGUGAUGUGCAAGGCGUGUUGUGGGGAGGGUGAGUUUGCUCGUCCUCCCCCCAACAUUCGCAACGCACGCCAACCUCGUAUUUUCCAUUUUUUAAUUAUAUUUUAUAUAUUAAGCAUUUGCUAAAGAAGGUCGCAACUUGCAGCAAUACAAAGCUGGUAAUUAAAUUAAUUAAUGAACUUUAGAAAGUGCGGUUAAUUAAUCUAAUUUGUUACACUGUAAAUUCUAAAACAAAAACACAAGCGCGGAGUAGUAGUUAGGUGCAGAGAAGCAUUGACAACAAGAAAUUUGUGUUGUAGCAAAAUUUUGCAGUUACAAACCGCUUAUAAGCGGAAUGAAAGCAUGCAGUAUAUGUAUCUGUAGCGUAGUGAAAAUAUGAAAACAAAAAAGGUGCAAUUGAAAUCAUUUGAAUAGAUUUUUCCUUAUCAGCUACCACCCACAAUGGCUUUGCGAAAAGCAAAUGGACGCACAUAUAUGCUUAAAAUGGCGCGUCAUAUGCCGCCAGCAACCACCCGUUUGUGCGCGCAAGUAGGCGGCUAGCUGCCCACACGUCACACGCUACAAAUAAUUGGGGUGGUUACGGCAGGCACUCCAAAUCAGUCAGUAGCAUGUGUGUCUGUUUGUUAGUCACCUGAAUUUCACAAUGCCAAAGCAAUCAAGGAAAAAUAUUUGUCGCUGUACAUUUGUAUGCAUAUGUUUGCGUUUGAAAACUUUGCAAAUUUUGGCAAUUUCAAGCACUGUACCGCGUGUGUUGGUUUAAAAUUUAGCAAAAAUUGGCAAGCAAAAUGUGAAAAUUAUUACUCGAAACAGUUUGCGCUAUUUUUAAACUAACCAACAGCUGCAACGCGUGUCUGUAUGCUUGCAUGUGUGCGUGCACACAAAUACAAAUGUGCUGGCGCAUAAAAGUAAAUAUAUAUAAUAUUUAUUGAAUGAAUCUCAGCAAGAAAUAUAAACGAAUUGUAAAAACAAAAAAUGUUUUCCUAUUUUCACUGCGCCAGUCUGUUAUAAACUAAAAAAAAUGCAAUGAAAUUAAUGAAAACGAAAAGUUUACAAAAUUAAGCCGCAAAAAAUAGCAUAAAACAUAUGCUAGAAUUUCUUAACACUAAAUCAACUCUGUUAAUAACACUACCAGCAAAAGCCAAAACGUAUGUGUGAAAAAAAAAAAUUGAAACCGUUUACAAAUUGAAAUCGAACAAAGAGAUCAACACAUGAUUUUCCAGUUUAAAAACUGUUUCGAAAAUUUCCGUAACUACUGUUGUAUGAAAACUACUACUGCAAAAGUAUUUCAUAAAACCUUAUAGCUCAAUGAGCGCCAAUUGUGUAGUAAACAAAAGGAAUUAGUGAACAGUUCUUUUAAAAAUAUACUAAUAAUUAAGAAAUAUAGGCAAAAACAAGCAUCUUCCAAAACAAACUUGGCCUGCCGGCAGCAAUAAAAGUAUUUUAAAUUUCAUUUGCAAUUUUAAAAGUUGAAAAAGUUGACAAUUUUUAUACGUUUUCUAACUAAAAGUAUGCGUUAUAAGCAAAUGAUAAAACUAAAUGCAAUCAAACGUGCAGCAAGCGCUCGAAAGUAAGGCUUGAAGUUAUACGAGUGAAUGCGUACGCAGGUUUUAAGGUAUAACACAACUAUACUAACAAAAGAAAAAAAUAACAAUUAAAAAAUUAAUUGUAUGUUUAAAAGCAACUCUAUUUUGCUAUAAAAGCGCAUAAUAAUAAUAAUUUUCAAAUAUAAGCUUAGCAAAGCAAGAACAAAUAUAUUAAAACAAUUUUUGAAAUUAAUGAGUUUCGUGACAUGCAAGCGUGAAAAAACAGACAGGCAGUUGCGAAAAUACGUAUUUAAAUUAAAUAAAAACAAACUUAAAAUUUUUAAAUUAUUUAAUGUACUAGCAAAACAAAACAAAAAAAUAGUAAAUAAAUUAAUAUAUGAGUAAUAAUCUUAGUGAUUAUUGUAAAAGCAACGUCAAGGAGGCUGCUACAGUAUUAAAUAGCAAAAGUUUAAAUUUAAAUAAUUAAAAAUAUAAAACUAAGAAAAUAAGAAAAUAAGCAAAAGUUGGGCGUAAGCUCAUAACAAUAUGUGUAACUAGCAAAUAAAGCGGCAAAGCCUGCGUGCGCAAUUGCAAAUUUAUAGUAAAAAGUAGUUCUUUCGAAUUUUAAAUGAGCUAAACAAACAUAACGAGUCAGUAUCGAAUGAGUAACAAUAAUUAUUUAAAAA